AUGCAUGAUUUCCGCCUUCAGCCCGACAAGUUUGCUAUCGAGGCUUCGGAAAAAUCACCCGUUCCGCAGCGACAUGUCCCGGCUGCAGCCACAUUCGGCGGUGCCGAGACGAGCUUCGUGGCGGAAGGUGGGGUGUGGGAGUGGGUUGCUGACACGAUGAUCGCCAGGAACGGCGUCGCCUGCUUGCAAAAGCGAGCACGAGGCGAGCCGCUUGUCAGCCUUGUCAAUUUGGGCGGUCCCCGAACCGGUUUUAUCCUGGUCAUGCCAUACGGUGGUGGCAAUCCGAUGAUCAUUGGUGACGAUACAGUGUUGCAGCAUGAAUCGUGCGCAUCCAUGUCGUACGCUCCGAUCCUCUCGCAUCUGUCGCCCGCGUCGCUGGGCGAGGUCGUCAAGAUGGCCGACCAACGGAUGAACGUCGAGACUCCCUACGUGUUUCCAAUUGCAUUCGUCACGCUCCUCUUCAUCCUCUACUUCAUCGCCAAUCUGCUUCACAAUCUCCUACUGCCGUGCAUGGUGGGACGAAAGUGGCGCGAUAUCAAGGCGGAGCAUCGUCGUACACUGGUGGUGUACGUGCUGCAGCUGGUGAUCACGACGCUGGUGGUGGCGAUGCAGUUGUCGGUAUGCUCGUUGAUCAGCCUGCGGUUCGCGCUGUGGAAGGUGAAUGUGGUGCGUGCAUGCGCAUGCCUCAUCGCAGCACUGUACCUGUUCGAACUGAUAUACAGGUAUCGCAUGACGUAUCCGAUGAUCGCGCACCACCUUAUCACGUGUUUCGCCAUGAGUCUGGCGUUGGUCAUGUGCGAACGGCUGCAGGAUCCCUCGUACGUCAUCACAGGCCUCCUGUGGAUCUUCCAGGCGACAACGGAGCAGACGACCUUUGUGGCGCUGUUCAUGUACAGACUCAAGGCGCCGGCGAGGAUGCUGCGUACGGUGUUUAGGAUCGCAGCCGUGCAGAGCAUCGUGUUCAAGUUCGCCUCGAUCGCGGGAACGAUCUGGAUGUGGAUCAAGUUUCAGCGCAGGGCAGAUGGACAGCUUUACACCGCCUGGGAUGCGCUGUAUUGGAUCUGCACCGCAGGGUUGGCAGUGACCCAGGUGUGGGGCGCGUGGGUGGUGUGGAAGAUGGGCGACUCGUUGGAACAGAGGUACAGCCAAAAGAGCCAACAAGAGGACGAGCUGCAGUUCACGCCCGUGCUCGUGGCGAGCAACGCAGCAAGGAUGCAGCAGAGCAGGCAGAGCAGCACCACGGCGUCGGUCGAGUCGAGCCGCAAGACGUCGCGCAAUGUCAGCUGCGAUCUGGAAAAGGCGGCCUUUGAGCUCGAGCUCACCACGCGUAGCUAG